GGCUGACUUGAGUCGUCAUCAUCCAACACCAGGAGGAAGGCCAGUCUGAGCAGACUUCCUGUUGAUCUGCUCUGAAGGUUGCACAGAUGUCACACGGGACUCUUAUCCCAGCAUUCCUGCCUGUUGUGACCCGUUAGCUGUUAGCCGUUAUCUCCCCCACGUGUCGGCGGGGACGAGGAGCCGCUCGAUGGCCCCGGGCCCCGCAGAGCCUUGUAUGGCCAUGGCCCACUGGGACAGCAGAUAAGCAGCAGCUCGCAGGCAGCUACGCGGCCAUGUUUAGAACAAUGUCUGUUUCUGUUAAAUUUAGAGCAGUUAUCGCUCGCAGCUCUCCCUCCUGAACACAUUCUCUUCUUCUGCUGCUGCUGUGCCAGGACCAGAGGUCUGAGGGAGCGUCACCAUGAGCCAAGCCAGGACCUCGACAUUGUUUUCCACUUACCAGCUGCUGUUCCUGACCGUCAUCUCCAUUGAACCUCCGUAUUGUGCAGCAGGAGGCUCAGGUCUGACCCUGAAGUCCAACAACACGCUCAGCAACCGAACAUGUGGAGGGAGCACUGACUGCAUUGAAGGCGUGAUCCUGCCGGUGUGGAAGCCGGAAAACCCGGCCUUCCCUGACCGUCUCGCCAGAGCCACCAUUUACUUUGUGGGAUUGGUGUUCAUGUUCUUGGGUGUUUCCAUCAUUGCUGACCGCUUCAUGGCAUCCAUCGAGGUCAUCACCUCCCAGGAGAGACAGAUCACCAUCAAGAAACCGAACGGCGAAAAGAUUACCACGACGGUGCGCAUCUGGAACGAGACAGUGUCCAACCUGACCCUAAUGGCGCUGGGUUCCUCUGCCCCAGAAAUCCUUUUGUCAGUCGUGGAAGUUUGCGGUCACAACUUUAACGCCGGUGAGCUGGGCCCCAACACCAUCGUAGGAAGCGCCGCAUUCAACAUGUUUGUCAUAAUUGGCUUCUGUGUAUCCGUCAUUCCCGAAGGAGAGACCAGAAAGGUGAAGCACCUCAGGGUGUUUUUCGUCACCGCCACCUGGAGCAUCUUCGCAUACAUCUGGCUUUACCUGAUCCUGGCUGUCAUGUCUCCAGGUGUUGUUGAAAUAUGGGAGGGCCUGCUCACACUCUUCUUCUUCCCCAUUUGUGUUGGACUUGCUUACGUGGCUGACCGCAGACUUCUUUUCUACAAAUACAUGUACAAACGGUACCGAGCGGGGAAGCAAAAGGGAAUGAUCAUCGAAACAGAGGGAGAACCAGAACUUCCCUCCAAGGUUGACAUUGAAAUGGAUGGGAAAAUGCUCAACUCCAAUGGAGAGGAGACGGCGUUUGAUUGUAAUGACCUGGAUGAGGAGGAGGCCCGCAGAGAGGUGGCCAGGAUCCUGAAAGAGCUGAAACUGAAGCAUCCUGAGAAGGAGGUGGAGCAGCUGAUGGAGCUCGCCAACUACCAACUUUUAACCCAGCAGCAGAAGAGCCGGGCGUUCUACCGCUGCCAGGCGACCAGGAUCAUGACAGGAGCGGGCAACAUACUGAAGAAGCAUGCCGUCGACCAAGCCAAGAGAGCCGUCCAGCACGAUAUCUGCUCCGAGGUUUCACUAAGCGAUUUUUCCUCCAAGGUGUUCUUUGACCCUGGCACCUACCAGUGUCUGGAGAACUGUGGCAGCGUCGCACUCAAUGUAGUGCGUCGUGGGGGAGACCUAACAACCACAGUGUCGGUGGAUUACCGGACCGAAGACGGCACAGCAAACGCCGGCUCUGACUACCAGUUCACUGAAGGAACUGUUGUGUUCAAACCAGGCGAGACAGAGAAGGAAAUCCGCAUUGACAUUAUUGACGAUGAUAUCUUUGAGGAAGAUGAGCACUUCCUGGUUCAUCUCAGCAAUGUGAAGGUCAUAUCAGAGAGCACAGGUUCAGGUGAAUGUGAGGAAAACCACGUGGACGCCCUCGCAGGUUUAGGUCUACCGUGCACGGCCACAGUCACCAUCUUCGACGACGACCAUGCAGGGAUCUUUACAUUUGAGGAGCCAGUGGUGACCGUGAGCGAGAGCAUCGGAGUGAUGGAGGUGAAGGUGAUCCGGACCUCGGGAGCUCGCGGCGUUGUGGUGGUGCCUUACAAAACCAUGGAGGGUACAGCUAAAGGAGGGGGCGAGGACUUUGAGGACACACAUGGCGUCCUGGAGUUUGACAAUGAUGAGAUCUUGAAGACCAUAGCUGUUAGAAUAAUUGACCAUGAAGAGUACGAUAAGCAGGCCAGCUUCUACUUAGAGCUGCAGGAGCCAUAUUGGAACAGGAGGAGAUGGACAGCUGUGUUGCUUCAGGAAGUCGGUGGAUUCGUCAAAACAGACAAACAGCUGAAUGGCAGAGACAUCUACAGGAAGGUCCAGGGACGAGACCACCCUGUCCCCUCCACCAUCAUCAACAUCACAGAGGAGGGGUGUGAGGAGGUUUUGACCAAGAAGGAGAAGGAGGAGAGGCGAAUCGCUGAGAUGGGCAGACCGAUGCUUGGCGAGCACGUCAAACUGGAGGUCAUCAUUGAGGAGUCAUAUGAGUUUAAGAGCACCGUGGAUAAACUUUUGAAGAAGACCAACCUGGCCCUGGUGAUUGGAACGAACAGCUGGAGAGAGCAGUUUGUAGACGCCAUCACAGUCAGCUCUGGUGAUGAUGACGAGGACGAAUGUGGGGAGGAGAAGCUGCCCUCCUGCGUUGACUACGUCAUGCAUUUCCUCACUGUUUUCUGGAAGCUUCUGUUUGCCUUCGUUCCUCCCACCGACUACUGGAACGGUUGGGCUUGCUUUGUCGUCUCAAUCAUUGUCAUCGGCAUUCUGACGGCGAUCAUCGGUGACCUGGCCUCACAUUUCGGCUGCACCGUUGGCCUCAAAGACUCUGUCACUGCUGUGGUGUUCGUAGCUUUGGGCACGUCUGUACCAGACACCUUUGCCAGUAAGGUUGCAGCAAUCCAGGACCAAUACGCUGACGCCUCCAUUGGCAACGUGACCGGAAGUAACGCCGUUAAUGUUUUCCUGGGUAUUGGCGUGGCCUGGUCCAUCGCUGCCAUCUACCACUACUCCAAAGGCCAAGAGUUCAGGGUAGACCCGGGAACACUGGCUUUCUCCGUCACACUGUUUACCAUCUUUGCCUUCAUCUGCAUCGCUGUCCUCAUCUACCGCCGCCGGCCCGAGAUAGGUGGAGAGCUUGGUGGACCCAGAGUCCCCAAGAUCCUCACCACCUGCCUGUUCUUCAGCCUGUGGUUAAUGUAUAUUAUAUUCUCCUCACUGGAGGCCUACUGCCAUAUUAAGGGCUUCUAAAAGUUCUGAUCCGAAAAGGUUCAAACAAACAGAUUCUUCAUUAAUAAUUCUGGUGUAUUUGUAAAGGUUCCAUCAGAUUCCUUUCUGAUUCUGACAGAUUCCUAUAAUUUAUGUAAUUUGUCUAAAGGUUUGGUCUAAAGCUUGUAAUAGGUUCUUGAUAGUUGAUAUAUUUUUAAAGGUUCUAAAGGACAUGCAGCAGUUCUGACAGGUUUCUGAAUAGUUCUAGUAGGGUUUUUUUCACACUAAUAAAUAAAUGUUCUGCUGGACUGUAUGUUCUUUAAAGGUCUAAAAGGUUCAAAACAACUUGCGUUUCUUAAGAUUCCAAAGGUUCCUGGAGGAUCCUUUAACUUCUAGGCAGUCAGACAAGUUGCUGUCAUUUUUCAAGAGUUUAUAUGAGAGUAAAUAAGAGUUCUGCUGGGUUCUGACAGGCUCGUAUAGUUUCUGUUAAAUAAAUGUCUGAAUGUUGCUACAGAUUCCUGACAGUUGAUGGAUUUCCAGUGGUUUCAGUAGCUUCCUGUAUGACGUGUCAGGUUCUUAUUAUUUGUCUAAAGGUUGUUCUUUUAGGUUCUUGCACAGUUGAACAAGUUCGAAACACAUCUGUUCCAGCAUAUUGUGACAGGUUCCUGUGAUGAAACUUCUCAGGUGUCAGCUGCAAAUGAUCAGGUUUCUAUCAUUUUUACUUGUCAAAAGGUCUGGAGGUGUUCAGUUCAUCGAGGGCUGAAGGAUCUGAUGGAGAUGGAAUAGUUCUAAUAAAGAAGUUCCAGAGGUUCCUGACAAAUUCUGUGUUCUUGGCGCUCCUGGUGGAUUUCUGAAGGUUAUUUUUACUUACUCUGGUCUCUGGUUCCCUCUGACUGCUGACAUCCAUGAUUGGAUGAUUCAUCCUCACAUACCUCCUGAACUUUAGACCCAUAUCUUAUUGCAUAUGCCUUUUUAAUUUUGUUGUAUAAGGAGCAUGACCCACCUCUACUGUAGUGAUGACAAACAGUCGUGGUGAUGAAGGAGGCCCUUCAUCCUGCUGGGAAAACCUGCAGGGCUUUGGAUGUUCAAGGCAACUGGAGCAGACAAAUAUCUCCACAGUUUGAAAUAUCUCUGUGCUCAAGAGGAUACUCAGUUUGAUGUUGAAGGCCUUAAAGGAUGUUUGCUGUAGUGACACCAUGAACCCUGAACCUGAGCUGCUGCAGUGGUGGAUACUGAUUACUGUGUGUGUGUUUGUGUGUGAGAGUGUGUGAGUGCAUACAUAACCUCAAUGAAUACUGCUAGCAUGGACGUCUGUCAUAAUGUUCUGUGAUGCGGUUGGUUUUUGGCAACAGCAGCUGAUUGUACAAAUGAAUGAAACGAAUCAGCUGAUGUAAAGAUGAUGGCAGAAUGCAACGUCUUUCCUUCAGAUAUUAAAGAACCAUGAGUGUCGUGU